UUGUUAGAUAGACGUCGCUGUAGUCAAAAUGGCGCUAAAGUGAAACUUUUUGAGAAACGUGACAGGACGGGGUAUAUAUCAUUCCUGUAUACUCUCACUUUGACAGAGCUGUAUUACACAAGUGAUUAUAAAAGAAGUUUCCCCCAGGAUUCUAUAUUAAAGGUCUGCCUGUAAAAUGCCAGUUGAGUGUGAGGGCUACAGCUGGGGUCACGACCCUGCUGACCUUGAAAAUCUCAGGAAGCGAACUCCAUGCAGAUCAUCACAGAUUGAAACUCUUCUACAGCUCUUUGGUGAAGCUGCUCACUACACUCCCCCAGCUCUGUUUGUGUACGGACAUACGGCCACUGGCAAGUCCUGCAUAGUCAACGGCAUCCUCACAUCACUGAAGCUUCCCCAUGUCUCUGUGAACUGUGUGGAAUGCUACAAUUCACGCUUCCUGUAUGAGCACAUCCUCAACAACCUCCCCUCCUCCGACACCAACACACGCUGUGACAACAUGAACGACUUUGUUCGUCUCCUGCAGCAGGGAGUACGAGAAUCUCAACUCCAAGAUCAGACAGUCUACAUUGUGUUAGACAAGGCUGAGAGACUGCGCGACAUGGAAGCAAAUAUCCUGCCAAGUUUUCUGCGGCUACAGGAAUUGACUAACACGAACGUGUGCACCAUUAUGCUGAGUGAGAUUGUGUGGGAAAAGUUCAGAUUCGGUACAGGAUUCUCGGAACCUUAUCUUCUUCAUUUUCCUGACUAUAGUAAAAAUGAGCUCCUGGAGAUCAUGAGUCUCGACGCUCCUGCUGGCUACCCUGCAGCGUUGUAUGGCAACUACAUCAACCUCAUCAUGUCCGUCUUCCACCUUGUCUGUCGAGAUCUCAAGGAGCUCCGACACUUGGCAUCGCUCAACUUCAACAAGUACAUUGAGCCAAUCGAAAAGGAAGAGGCGACUGUCAAUGACUUCCGUAAGCUGUGGAAGAACAUUGAACCUCAUUUGAAGAAGGCACUGCAGACCAUAUACCUGAGAGAAAUAUCAAGCUCUCAGUGGGAAAAACUACAACAAGAACAGGACUCUGCCUCCUUAAACCCCAUUCCAGCAUCUCGAUCACAUGUAGAACUUCCUUACUACUCCAAGUACCUGCUGAUGGCUGCGUACCUCGCCUCAUACAACCCAGUCAAGUCAGACCGCAGGUUCUUUGUCAAGCAUACAGCGAAGACGCCUACAAAACCACAGACUGCUAAAGCCAGGAAGCAUGAGAGAGCAAGUAACCACUUACUUGGCCCCAAACCUUUUCCCCCUGGACCGACUCCUGGCUAUAUUCUACUCCAUUGUGGAAGGCAAGGUUGCCCCAACUGCAAUCAUAUACUCCCAGAUUACCUCCCUUGUCAGCCUUCACCUCCUUGGGCCAGCAGCAGGUGAGGACCAGAUUGAUAUGCCCCGAUACAAGUGUCUGGUCUCACUGGACUUCAUCAAGUCUGUUGCCAGGACAGUCAGCUUUGAGGUAACGCGAUAUCUCUAUGACUUUGCCUGAUACUUGGAGACAGCUAUACAUGCUGCCUUUCAUGGAAUGUGGAAAUGUUUGACGGAGGAAUCUGAGAGGGAG